GAGCAUCUCUAAGAUGGUUUUGUUGCAAAAUUCUCACCUGCUUCUUUUAUUUUAGAGGCUUUCUAGCACACGAUGUUCGAUGCUGUUGGAGUGGAGAGCAAUUGAGCAAUAUAAAUUGCUUCUGACCAGUGAAAAAAAAUGUAUGAAGUUUUAGGGUAAAAAUUGAGCAACAUAAAAUCUUUUGGGGUAAAAAUUGAAAAUAAAAAAAUAAAGUAAAGGUCCAAAAUAGCAAAUAGAAAAAGUGAAAAACAAGUUUUAGUUGUUUUUUAAAUAAGUUGUAUUUAGAAUUUUUAUGGCCAAACAAAGUGAAAAAAGUAAAAAAAAAAAAAAAAAAAUCGAAAAAAAAUGAAUAAUUCUCCCCUGAUCAACCUUUGUACCUUUCAAUAUUGGAUUUCGAAUAUAAAUAUGUUCUUACGACUAAAUCAUUUUGGAUUACAUCCUCCUUCAUUUUCCAUUUUAUAGUGAGGAGGAAAUGGCUGUCGAAUUUAUUGAACUAAGCGGGCCCAAGAAUAGUUUACCUUUUCUUAAUUAAUUACAUAAUCUGAUCUUUUUACUUUUUGUCCCUUCGGGGUGUUGCUGGGGGCAGCCAUACUAUGUAUAUAAAUAGCUAUAGCCAUAGGUACUUUCAUAACUAUAAACAUAGAAAAUAUUAUUACUCCAUUAAGUUUGAGGGAAUUUAGUGCACGUUUAACUGAAAAUGGCAGGUGAGGGAGCAAUAGAGGUUAAGAACAAGCAGGUAUUAUUUAAAGAUUAUGUGAGAGGCUUCCCUGAAGAAUCAGAUAUGUAUAUAAGUACAGAAAAAACAAUAAGUUUGAAAGUCCCAGAAGGAUCAAAGGGAAUUGUUGUGAAGAAUCUAUACCUGUCUUGUGAUCCUUACAUGCGUAAUCUCAUGAACAAAUCUGAUAUUGAUGGCUUUGCAGCUUCUUACUCCCCCGGUUCUCCAAUAAUAGGAUUUGGAGUAGCUAAAGUGAUUGACUCAAGGGAUCCAAACUUGAAGAAGGGUGACUUAGUAUGGGGAAAAACUGGAUGGGAAGAAUACAGUGUCAUAGAAGAACCUUCUGCUCUUUUCAAGAUUGAAAAUACUGAUGUACCCCUUUCAUACUAUACAGGAAUCCUUGGGAUGACUGGUGUUACGGCUUAUGGUGGAUUUUAUGAAGUUUGUAAACCGAAGAAAGGAGAGAAAGUAUUUGUAUCAGCAGCAUCUGGUGCUGUUGGUCAGCUCGUUGGCCAAUUUGCUAAAUCUACGGGUUGCUAUGUUGUUGGUUGUGCUGGCAGUAGAGACAAAGUUGAUCUAUUGAAGAACAAGUUUGGAUAUGAUGAGGCUUUCAAUUACAAAGAAGAGCAUGAUCUUGACGCUGCAUUGAAAAGAUACUUUCCAGAAGGGAUAGAUAUCUACUUUGAGAGUGUGGGAGGAAAGAUGCUGGAUGCAGUGCUCCCAAACAUGAGAAACUUUGGUCGAAUUGCAGUGUGUGGGAUGAUUUCCCAAUACAAUCUGGUGGAGAAACCUGAAGGGGUCCAAAAUCUGAUGGAAAUUAUCUACAAGCGUGUCCGAAUUGAAGGAUUUCUUUACAUCGACUAUUUCCCUCGAUACUCAGAGUUUUUAGAAAUUGUAUUGCCUCUUAUCAGAGAAGGAAAGAUUGAAUACAUUGAAGACGUAGUUGAAGGCCUCAAAAAUGGCCCUUCUGCGCUUGUGGGACUUUUUAGUGGUCGCAAUGUUGGAAAACAGGUGAUUAAAGUAGCUAAUGAGUGAUCGAUCUAGUCUUUCUUGGGUUGAUUUCUCAUAUUGUCACUCAACUGAUAGCUUUUAUCUCAGAAAGUCACAUUUCUUCGUGAUUUAAUAUUCCUUCGACAAAAAAAAGUGAUUUUUUGAGAUAAUAACUAUUAGUAGAGUAAUCAUAUGAUAAAUCAACUGUCUGCCUGUAAAGAUGGGUGGAAUUAUCCCUCUGAAGUCUUUUGAAAAUUCAUCAUUUGGCUGGGAACUAUCAUCCAUGGAAUCGCCUUGGACCGAGAUGUCAGAUGUUAAUGCAUAUUUUCAUAGACUCAAAUAAGCUAUUUUACUUUUUUAUACUGUAACUUGACUGAUCUUUGAUCAGCAUCUUUAUCAGUGUUAAGGAGUGGCAUAUUAGAAUAAGUCAAUUGUGAUCAGAAUAAGCGAUCUUGUAUUAUCUGGUUGAGGGUGUGUAAUGUGAGAUGAGAAGCCUGUGUUCUUUCAUAUGAUCAAAACAUGAAUGGAUAUAUUUCUAAGCA